AUGACCACGCAAGACCCCAACCCACCACCCCGAAUCAGACCCCGGGACAUAAUAGCCCUAACAGCAUUCCUCCUCAUCCGCAUCCCAUGGACUAUCUUCAGGACGACGCUAUACCAUCUCACAGGCACAACAAGCCGUCCACCGUUAUUAAAGGACCUAGUCCGGUCUCUUACACGAGAAUCCUUCGAGAACCUCCCCCUAGCAAUCCACAACACCCUCCCCAACAGAAGCGGCUCCACAACCCUCCUCUCGCCCCGCUACAGACCACUCAAAUCCCACCUCUUCCACGGAGUCCAAAGACCCAGUUUCACUGGGUACUGGGUAUCCCGUGGCCUCCUCGCGACACCACCCAUCAACCCUAAACACGCAGACCUGGUCAUCUACCACCUCCGCGGGAGCGGGUAUGCCCUGGGCCAUCCGGGGGAUACGCUCCCCGGGCUACUAUUCCUCGCUGAGGUAUUGGAGAAGAAGGGGAUUCACGUCUGUGUCUUUACGCUGGAUUACACGUUGGUAAGUAAUGGGACGUUUCCGAGGCAGAUCAAUGAGUGUCUUGCCGCGUACGAGUAUCUGAUUGAGGAGGAGGGCGUGAGGGCGGAGAAAGUGUGUUUGGUGGGAGAGUCUGCGGGGGGCCAUCUUGCGUUGUCGUUCUUAGUUGCUCUUGCUGAGGGAUUUUCUCUAGAUGAGAAUAAGAGGGAGAAUAUAGCAGAGGGGUAUCAACAGCCAGGGUCCUUGAUCCUUCUAAGUCCCUGGCUCGAUCUCUCUCUUUCGUCUCCUAUGAUACCCAUCCUCGAGAAACGGGAUUUCAUAUCGAGGGCUUUCCUCCAGCGAGUUGGGGGAGAGCUUCUACGCGCUGAUGCCAGGUUGAUCUCUCUGUUUGGGAAUUUUACCGCCCGAUCUAUGGAAAGGGAUUCUUGGGGGCGUGUUCUCCCGACUCGGACAUGGGUGUCUGCGGGUGCGGAUGAGAUCUUCGUGGAUGAUAUUGUGAAGUUUGUGGACUGUGCGAGGGAGGAUGGGGUGGAGGUCGGGUUGCGGGUUGAGUCUGGGAAGUGCCAUUCCUGGCAGAGUGGGGAGGCGUUUCUAUCCGCGAGGAGGCUUUUGGAUAUGUCUUUGCAGUGUGGGGGGGAGGAGUUGAUGCCGGGGUUGGUGGGGGUUGGGGUGGUUAUUGCUGGGUUUGUUUGA